AUGCCGAGGGCUCCGGCGGGGUCCGUCCGCACUCGGCCAAUGCCCAGGGAGCUCGGGCCCUAGCGAGGAGAGGCGCGCCAAGCCUCCUCGCGGCUUUCAGGCGUGCAGGUGUAUUUCUUCUUCCUCACCCCCAUCCACGCCCAGGCUAUGGGUCUUCCCGCCCGGGCGCCGCCUGCGGACGCAGUGCCAGAGACCCGCCGACCGGGCGUGGCGUCCGCUCCCGCACCUGCCCUGCUCCCACAAGCUGCGGAAGGGGCUGCGCCUGGGGAUCCCGGCGGCCAGGUCCUGCCAGGUGAACGGCCCAGGGGCCCGGAGGCAGGCAGCGCUUCCCGGGCGCGAUUCAGCUGGCCGUGGGCUGCCCCGAACCGGGUCCCGCGGUGCCCUUUCCUGGCGGGGCCCUGAAAUAAACACCGGAUUCCCGCCCCGCGCGAGGACCGAGGAACUGAGCCCGCUGCAGCCUUCUCCUGUGGGCCUUUCGUGCGCAAGGCGGGAAAAGGAAGCCUGGAUGCGUUCAUCAGUACAUCCCUAUACAACUGCAUGCCUCACCUGUUAGCGCUACUCCUAGCCCCAUCUACAUGCCCGUGGACUCCAGGUCUCUCUAAUCCCGUUACAUUCCUCCAUCACUUCUCUCCAAUCAACCGUGUAUCCCCUCCGGUUCUCUUUUACCCACUACUCUCUCACACUCACCUGUUACAUAUAUUAGUUCAGAUCCUGCACAUUUUGGUGGAAAACAUGUCACUCUGAUGCCUGCACUUUAAGCCUCCUUACACCCUUGGGCACUCAGCAAUCUCAUGACACAGAGUACCUCUUGAGUCCACAUCUCCAAGUCUGACUUCUAGAAGCCUGUUGAUUCUCUGAUGUCUUUGGCCUGGGGUUAGGGUGACUGGGCUGCCACCUGGAUAUUCCCUUGGUGAUGUUGCUGCUCAGAGUUCUUUAAGAAGCUCAGGUACAGAACAUACCCUCAUGCACUUUAUUUAAAAUUUUUUUAAUGUUUAUUCAUUUUUGAGAGAGAGAGAGAGAGAGGGAAGAAAAA